AUGCUACCUGACAACUACCAAAUUGUGAUCUUCUUGCUCGUGCCUCUAUAUCAUGAAAGCUGCGAAUCAAAGAUUAGUCAAAAUGAUGCAGAACUGAAUCGCAAACAGACUUACGCUACAAAAGGGAACAACUCAGCAUUGGAUAACAACGGAGGGACUGAUAAGGCAUGUUCCAGUGUUGGUCUGCAUAACGAAAAUAUGUGUGCAAACACGGGUGCUUCGACGAUAAGUGAAUCUACAUACUCUAAUGAUGACAAAUAUCAAAUCCUUGCAAGCCUGGGAGCGUUUAACCCUCGUUUUAUGGCACAGACAUUCGAAGAAGCUGUGCGAAAACUUAAUCUGGAUGAAAGUUUGGAGUUAUCAAAGGCUGUUCACGCAAUUGAUGAUCAUAUCGCGACAAUUGACAGCAGCAGUUACGCGCUGCUGCACGGACAGUCAGAAAAAUAUGGAAGGGGAAAGAGACAGCAGAAGAUUUUCGGGUCAUCGUCACUGUGUACAUUAACUCUUAUUCUUGAGCAGUGCGAAGAAGCAGGUGAAGAAGUCGAACCAGGAUAUAUAAGCGCAUGUGAAACUUGCCAGGGAGUCUACAUGGACAGCAAAAACUGUUUCCCCAAAUUCGUGAAUGCUAUAGGAUGUGGAAAAAGUGAAAUUGAUUGUGCUUUCGAUAUUAAAGAUCGCCCCCUUGGAAGAUGCAGUACUACUCAUCUACAAAUGUAUUUUAUGCAUAGUGAGGAAGGCAGAUUUGGCGAAUCUUCAUUAACUGGGAUGCUUACGGUACCAAGCGGUUGCCAAUGUGCGCUCAACAAGCAUUCAACUUUCAUAAAUGGAUGGCGUCCGGGACAUAGAGGAGGACGCCCGGGGCAUUAUGGAGGGCGUAUGGGAAGACCCCGUCUAAGGGUAUGGGUACAUCGAAAAUUUGGUAACGGAACGGGACAUAAAGGUGAGGGAGGACUUCCGAGAGUUCUACACACAGCUCCCCUCAAUAACAACAUUACAACUCUCUUUGCGAAAGCUCUCAGUACAUGGCAGCGAGAUUCGUCUACCAGUGCACCGCUUGCUAGAAAGCAGCUUCACACUCCCAUUAGUGCAGCAGCCGAUGAAAGGCAGCGCUACACGUCUAAGAGCGCAACAUCUAGUAAAAUGCAGAACAAUCCUUCUACUAAUCCAGCAGUCCAUAAGAUAGAACGCCAUCCGCCCAUCAAAGCGGCAGCUGCUGGGAGACAGCCCUACCCGUCUAGAAAUGCAGCAUUUGAUGGAAUGCAGCGCUCGCUGCCUACUAGUGCAACAGUCGAAGGGAUGCACCGCUAUCCGCCAAAGAAUACAGUGACUAAUAAGAUGCAAGUAUACUCGUCUAACAGGUUAGAAGCUAAUAGAAUGCAGCCUAUCCCGGCUAUUAAUGCCAGAGUCAAUGGGAUGCAGCUUCAUCCGUCUACUGUAGCAGUCAAUAAAAUACAGCCCUACCCUUCUACCAGUGCAGCAGUUAAUGGGAUGCAGCUCCAGCCGCCUACCAGUGCUGCACUUGUGGGGAUGCAGCGUUACCCAUCUGCCAGUCCGACUGUUAAUGGAAUACAGUUCUACCCCUCCAAUGCAGGAGUCAACGUGAUGCAGCCCUAUCCGUCUACUAAUGUAGCAGUCAAUGGGAUACAAUCCUAUCCGUCUACCAAUGCAGCCGUCAAUGGGAUGCAACCCUACUUGUUUACCAGCGGAGCAGCAAAUGCGAUUCAAGGAUCACCAACGCUUCCACUACCGGGUAUGUAUCGAAUCGCUUGA